AUGCCAUGUUUUGAUUUGCUUUCUGCAGCACAAGCUAGUUCAUCAGCACUCAAUUCUUCCGACACGACAAUGUGGUCAAGUGCAAGUCACGAAGGAGCUCAACAGUCUGUACUGGUAGCACUUGGUGCACUAACCGUCUUCUACACAUCGUGGAAACUCUUGAGCGUGCCUUUUCCAUUGCCGGAUCCAGGUAUGGAAACGCUUUUCCGCCCUACCUCGACAUUGCCAAUCCUAGGUAAUACUUUGGAUGUCUUGCUCUCUCGCAAUCGGAUAAGCGACUGGCUUAACGACCAGACCAAUGCUAGUGAUGGCCAGCCGUGGGUUCUUCAAUUAAUGUUUCAACCGCCUUGGGUUGUGCUCUCCAUGCCCAACGACCUCAACGACGUGUUUGUCGAUAAGUUUGACGUGUUUGAAAAGAGUGGAGCUCUUGAAGACAUCUCGUUCGACGUAUUGGGCUACGGUUUACUCAACGUCAACGGGGACAAGUGGAAGCAGCAACGUCGAGCUGCAAGCCAUCUUUUUUCAACAAAGAGCAUUCGUGAUGUCAUGGAGCCAGUGAUCCGCAAGAAAACACUGCAGCUUCGAGACGUCCUUGCACAGUGUGCCGAUCGUGGCCAGACAGUCAGUAUGAAGUCACUACUAGGCAAAUUCACUAGCGACGUUUUCACACUCAUCGGUUUUGGUGUAGAGCUCAACCAACUUGGUGGAGAUGUUCUUGUUGACAAGACGCACCCUCUGGACAUUGCGUUGAACGCAGUGCAGAACCGUUUCCAGACUCCAAUGUGGAUGUGGAAACUUGCGCGAUUCUUCAACGUCGGUGGUGAAAAGCGUCUUCGAGACAGCAUGAAAAUUGUCAAUGACAUGGUGCGAGACAUUAUGGUUCGAUCUCUGAGUAAGACAACACAAGGAGAAGAGAAGAAAAAUUUGUUGACAUUGUUGUUGAAAGCCAAUCCGAGUGCAAAUCCGCGCGAACUGCAAGACACGGCUGUCAAUUUCUUUAUUGCCGGAAAAGACACGACGUCUUUUAGUUUAUCGUGGCUCAUUGUGAUGUUGAAUCGACAUCCACACGUCCUACAAAAGAUUCGCGAGGAGAUUCAAUCGGUGUUGCCAAAGCUUCUGACUGGAGAAAUGGACGUACCAACCCUCGAGGACACGCACAAGCUCGUGUACCUGGACGCAGCAGUGAAAGAAGGUGUGCGUUUGCAGUCCGUUUCCACAUAUCGAUGCACGACUCGAGAUACGACACUCACGGAUGGCGCUUUUAUUAAAAAAGGAACUGUGGUAGUUGUGUCCAAGUACGCUGCUGCCCGACGCAAACAAGUGUGGGGGAACGACGCCGCUGAAUACAGACCCGAGCGCUGGUUCGACGAAGCAACCGGGCAACCCAAGAAGAUCACACCACCACAAUUCAUCUCUUUCAGCAUGGGACCACGCAAGUGCAUUGGAAUGCGUCUUGCCAUGCUUGAGAUGAAGACUGUCGUGGCUGUGCUUUUCAGUCGCUUCGAUAUUCAAACUGUGGAGGACCCUUUCAAGAUCACCUACGAUUUCUCAUUUGUGUUGCCCGUGAAAGGACCUUUAGCCGUGCGCGUCUGUAACCGCAUCGCACCCUGCGUGUAA